CACUUUCGCAAGUCCAUCCCCACGUCUCCGCGACGCCGCUGUUUCAUCAACCCCUCCUCCCUCGAUCGCUCCAACCACGCUAGCAGUCGCAGGGGCCAUGGAUCCCCAGCCCACCCCCUUCCCAGGGAAGCGCCGGCCGGUUGCCGCGCCCGCGCCCGCGCCCCCGGCGCUGAAGGCGGCGGUGCCCAAGCCCAAGUCCAUUGCCACGACGCGCGCGGCGAGGAUGGCCAAGAGGUCGCCGACGGGAAACGCCGACGCCGCCCCGCAACCACGGCCGCUACGGCGCGCUUUUGGCACCACCAGGAGCAGCAAUGCCUUGGUCGAGAAGCCACCUCCGCCGCUGCAGAAGGCUUCGAAGGUGUCGCCGCAGCCGCUGAAGAAGCCUUCUAAGCUAUCGCCGCCGCCGUUGCCGAAGCCUUGUAAGAUGUCGCCACCAGCAAUGCAGAAGCCUUCUAAGCUGCCGCCUGCAGCAAUACAGAAGCCUUCGAAGCUUUCGCCGCCGAAUCCGGUCAGGGUGACGAAGACGUCCAGACUUGCAGCAAAGCCCCUGAAGAAAGUCGCCCCGAGUGGAGAGAAGGCGAAGACCAAGAAGAGGAGCCAGCGAGUGAGCUUCCAAGAGGCUGCUGUGGGGGCGGCGGCUUCGAGUGGAGAGAAGGCGAAAGCUUAUGCUGACGACGCGGCUGGGCAUACGCCAAUGGUGGCUAUGAGAGCCGGAGAGAAGCCAGCAAAGGUUUUGGCUGCAGAGACGCCCUUCUUUAGCGCGCAGAAUUGCAGCAGUUGCACGCUUGAUCAGCUUGAGUCGGCUACAUACUGGCUAGCCCAGAUCCGUCUGGCUGAGUCUGUUGGGAAACACUGGGUUGCUGCGGCAUUCUUUCGCAUUGCCUUUGAGUGCCAAGCUCAGCCAAUUCACAGGAUCCAAAGUGAGCUCAGGAGUUACACUGUGCGCCAUGAGAGUGCUGGCACUUUGACCCCUUUAUUUGAUGAGCUUCUCACUGCCCAUGGCAGGCUAGUGAACCAACCGAAGUUUGAUACUGAUGGUUGUGAGAAGAUGGAUACACCUAUAGCAAUCAAUGCCGUAGACAACAACAUUGACACGGCCAAACUUAAAGUAGAUGAGUGCCUGGAGUGUGACUCUGGUGACGAUCUUGUUGAUGUGGGUGCUAUCAUUGUUGACAAGCAUGAUGACGAUGUCAUGGGCCUAGCAAGCUUUCAGAGGAAACUGAACGAGAGUUUUGAGUUUGAUGACUCUGAGGCUGUGAUCGUGGGCCAGUUAGAUGAAGCAAACUUUGAUCUACUGAAGAACACCGAGAUUGAAGUUCCUUGCAGCAAUGAAAUAAUCCAGUCAGCAUUCAGAUCCUCCACUGAAAAAUUAAGUCCGAGAGGAUCUAUAGCAGCAAUGGAUUCUGCUUCUGGACGCCUCUCAUUGGAUAACCCUUCAGAUAAAUUGUAUCCCAGCAUGGGGAGUUCAUCCUCAAAGCGCUUAUCUUCUGGUAGCUCUUUUGACAAGAAGUCUCCAUUGUCGUCGAAGAGGCUAACAUCCAGUUGCCCUUCUUAUAAAAAGUCUACUUUCACUACAAACCUGUCUUCAGAGCAGAUGCCAUCUGGUAGCCAUUAUGAUGCGAAGCACAAUGCUAUUGCUGAAGCUGGUGAUCAUGAGAGCAAAGUGACUCAAGACGUGGCAUCGGAGUAUCCUGCUUUACAUGAUCAGCUUCAGUCCAAAGGACCUGUGGAUGCUGCUGCCAGUAAUGAGAUGCAAUAGCAACUGGAGCUGGGGUCAACACUCGCUGUAACAGCAAUAUGGCUGCUAAUAAACUUCGGAGUUACUUGUUAGAGUGAUUGGUGUGGUAGGCAUGCAGUGUGUGCUUGUACAUGCAGUCCAUUUUUAGUCUGGAGCUUGCUUUGCUUGCUUCGGUCUGGGAAUAGGAUCAUCUGUGCGCUUGCCACCGCGUAUGGUUUUCUUUAACCAGUCCAAGAACAUGAUGUGCAUGGUGAACAAAGGUCGUCAUGCUCAGAUGACCUCUGUGGGGUUUCCCCCUUCCGGUUAUGUUUGUAUGCUUGCUUAGCAUAGCACAGUUGUGGUCUCCCUCUGUUUAACUUUAAUGUGGGAUUUUUUUUUGAAUCGGCAAUGUGGGAACCAUUGAAACCUUCAGGUGUGGACUUUGAUGUAAUAUGCACGUCAUUAUCAUUUGAAACGUGCUACAAUGUAUAGAACGUUGUCACUUGUCACUAAGCGCUAA